AUGCAUUCAACCCGGUUCCUUUGGGACUACCAGCCCUCGCAGGAUCACCGCUCCUCCAGUACAACCAAGCAGAUCGCUGCUUCGUCACCUCCACAAAAAGGGCUCUCAUCUACCUUCGAGGUGGCACCUGGUGUCAUGCAACCAGUCCAAACCUGCAGGUCGUCACCCAUCAAGAACUCGUUAGCUACUACCAGAGACACCCACCCACUCAUCCAGAAGAUGUAUUCACCAUCCUACGGAUCGACGUUGAACCUACACAAACAGCAGAAAGUGUGCAGUCACCCAUCAACGAACAACCACUCGAACUCCCCGAAGUUCACUCCACCCGCACCAACCAACACACUGGUUGAAGUCCCUAUGGCAAUGUUCACUCAAGAAGACAUCGAUCAGCGCAUCGCUGUCACCCUCGCAGCAUACCAAUCCCAACAGUCAACUGCCAACCAACCCCUUCAUCUCGACAUCCCCGCUCCCGAACCCUUCAGCGGAAAGGCAGAGGACCUCAGACGCUUCAUCCAAUGCAUCCUCUCCUACUUCGUCGCCACCAACAACACCCAACUCAGCGAUGAAGCAAAGAUUGCCUUCACUGUAGUGCUGAUGAGGAAGGAUCUGGGGAAGACAUGGGCGGAUGCGUAUUACGAGAAGUUGGCAGGGGGAGUCCAGGUCUAUUCCACAUGGGCAAAUUUCGUCGCCACCCUAGAAGAGAAGGAUAGGAAGAUGGCACUCUCCCUCGGGAACUAUGUUACCCGCUUCGAGCAGCUGGCAUCGAAGGCUCAGCUCCAGGACACUGAGGUCAAUGGCACCAACUGCGUCAAAAACGACUAUCACACUCUCCAUGCCAACUUUGUCAAAGAACUCCCGAAGGAGCUGUAUUUUGCUCUCGCAACAAGGGUCACUAGGGAUCGACCCAACACCAUGAAGGCCUGGUACGAUGAAGUUCGAAAUGCUGACACAGCCAAGCAGGGGGCUCUCAUCAUCACAGACACCAGGGACUAUGGCGAACCAAUGGAUAUUGACGCCGCUGCCGUCGCAUCAACCUUCGCCUCCACAUCGGGAGGAAGGAAAUGGGAACUAGGAGCUGUUCUCAACAAAGCCGACCGGAAGCUCCACAGGGACAGGAACCUGUGCUUCCACUGCCACAUCAAGGGCCACAGUGCCAAGGACUGCCGCAAGAAAGCGGCUGCAUGA